AUGGCCACCAUUGGCAGGGAGAAGGUCAGCAAGGCCGUGGCCGAGAAAAUCGACAGAUCAGCUGGGCACUGCGAUGAAUUGCUGCAGUUAAAGGCGUUUCGGAAGCAGUGGUUUUGGAAAUGCUGUGCAGCAGUUUUCACAGUCAAAUUUCUGCUGAUUCCUUGUUACCACAGCACCGAUUUUGAGGUUCACCGUAAUUGGAUGGCCAUCACGCAUACGCUUCCACUGCAAUCGUGGUAUUACGACAGCACAUCUCACUGGACACUCGAUUAUCCACCAUUUUUCGCUUUCUUUGAAUAUCUUCUAAGUGAGGUUGCAUCAGUUUUUGUGCCAUCCGCUUUGGUCUUGCAAAAAAAUGCUUAUUUUUCAAGUGAGCUGCUGUUUUUCCAAAGAUCUUCUGUGAUUGUGACCGAUUUUUUUUACACCUCGUUCACAGUUAGGAGGCCCAUGCCCUCACAUAGAUUUAUUGGUAAUUGUCUUGGGUUUUUUCAACUUCUGGGUGCGUUAAGUUAUUGCGUGCUUUUAAAUAUGAAGCAUAUAUAUCUGUAUUACGGUCCAGCUUAUGUGCUAUUCUUCGCGGUCAAUUAUUUAGCCCCGAUUAAGAAGCAAUUCGUAUUUCGCUGUAUAAAAUUGGCUCUUGUAAUUUUUGUAACUUUUGCGUUGUCACUUGGACCCUUUGUCUACGCCUGUGGCGGAGCCGUUUUGCUGCAGAUAUGGCGACGAUUAUUCCCGUUCAAGCGCGGCCUCACGCAUGCUUAUUGGGCUCCAAAUUUAUGGGCAAUUUACAAUUUCAUUGAUUGGUAUUUUUAUCAAGUUCUGAAACUAACGAAACGAUUGUCAUCGGAUAUUCGUCCACCCAUGUACACUUCGGGCCUUGUACAGGAGUUUUCGCAUUCUGUGUUGCCUUCUGUGUCGGCUUUUGGAGCUCUGAUAACGACGGGAGUAUUAUUGAUGCCGGUGUUGAUGCUGGUGGGUACGAGGCAUAUCCGGAACUUUCCUCUUUUGCUUACUUUAUCGGCAUUCGCAUUCUUCCUCGCUGGCUACCAUGUGCAUGAAAAAGCUGUAAUACUCAUCACAAUCCCGUACACCGUUUUGGCUGCAAUGGAUCACCGAUUGUUACCAUCGUAUUUGCUGCUUUCCUUUGUUGCAAAUGUUUCGCUUUUCCCUCUCUUUUUUACUCUUUUCGAAAAUCUUCUGAAGGUUUCGAUUUCGCUUUGCUAUCUGUUUUUUUCAUGGACAGUAAUGCGUUUUGUGUGCCCUCAGGGAGCGCUCUGUGUUUUGCAAAAGCUUUACAUUUGUGGGUUAUUGGUCGUUCAAAUUUAUUGUCUGCUGGUACAUCAGUGGCUAUUUGGCGCUAACCUCAAAUUUAUCCCUCUUAUGCUGACGUCAUUGUCAACGGCUGCUGGCAUUUGCUGGGCUUACUUGGAACUGUUAUGGAUUAUUACCUUUGAGGAUGCGCAUGCUGUAUGCAUCUGCGGAAAGAAACAGAAAUCAGUUUAG